AUGCUGGGUGUUUCAUGGCCUGGGUUGAACCAUAAGCAGAGGAUGAUGAUGAUUGGCGGGAUGAAUGCUUCGUCAGGAGCUAUGCCUGUGCCUACGGCUGUCGCUAUGGCUACUCUGGGAACUUGUCGCAGGUAUGAAUUUGAUGGUCGAAAAGGAUUUUGGAGUAUUUAUGGAAAAGCGAAGAUGAACAAUUUAACUGCUACAACUCGAAUUGCUGCACUCGAGAAAAGGAGAUGGAGCGUUUCACCUGCUUGUUCUGCUUUAGCAGAAUCCCGGAAUAAAUCUAGAGCCAGCUUUUAUGAGGAGGUUCUUCAAGCUGCUAGGGAAAAGUUUACCCAGGAGAUAUCUUUCCAGUCCAAGGACAAAGAUAUCUCUCUUGCGAAGGCUUUACUUUAUGUCGCUGUUGAAGAUGAGGCCUUUUUGGCUUUCAAUCGGGAGAUGGAUGCACUUUCACUCCAUAAUGAAAGGAGAGAUACACCAUCUCCGUCUAAUGUCAAAGAGUGGGACUCUAUGGAGGCCGUGCCUUUGGCUGGAAAGAAUAUAUAUGAGUGGCUGGUUGAGUUGGAUGCCAUUGCAAAGGAAGUCGAAGCAGAGCUUGUCUCAAGAGAUAUAGGAUGUGAUCUGGUAGAAGUUAUAGAUUCUGUGAACAAAGUUCUCUUCGAGUCGAGAGGUUUCAAAAGGUCAUCUGUACUGGUAGAUUCUAAGUGUUUAUACUUGCACUCUGUAUUAAGCACCGGAUGUGCCAGCGCAAUUUUACUUAGUGUUAUCUAUAUUGAGGUUUGUCGAAGACUUAAUCUGACCAUUGUUGGAUCUCGAGUGGGAGGAGAAUUUUUGAUAUGGCCUCUAACAGGGAACCCAGAGGAACUAUUCAAAGUAACUUCUGGACACAGCUUGUUCGGGGUUGUCAAUGGGAAGUGUGUGGAAGACCCCUUAUCUAUGGCCUCAGACAUAAAUAGUAAUUCACUUUUAGGGCUCAAUAUUGCAACAAACAGAGAUAUCAUUGGGGUUGCUUUGUGCAAUUUGAUUAGGCUUCACUGGAAACAGGCUUCAAGAAUAAAUCAUGGACUGAUGUUGGCUUCACCGCUUAGGUCUGCUCAUAAAGCUGACGAGAAAUUUAACCAGACCGAUGGUUCAAAUGUCCCUUUGUUGCGGCCUCAGGAGCUGAGGCUCGCGAUCAUGGCUUCCGAGAGAUUGCUGAUUCUGCAGCCGCACAAUUGGGCUUUCAGGAGAGACUAUGGCAUGAUGUUGUACUAUAGUAGGGACUACGAUGCGGCAGUCCAAGAACUUAGCAUCUGCAUGGCCUUUGCCCCAGAAGAAGAGGCUGAAGUUCUAGAGCCAUUUGUUGAGAAACUACAUCUGAUGCGACUAGAAUCAUCGUGGAAAUCUCCGGGGCAGCAAGGCCAGUUCGUCUUUCCUUGA